UUUUUUUUGUAUUGAAACUUUUAUGAUUAUUGUUAAGCGUAUUCUUUUCAUGCCGUAUUCCGACUCAUUCCGCCCCGGGGGACGCACAAUUGAUUGGCCAAAGAAAAACGACUUGGUUUCUGCCGAAGAGUGUCCGCUUCCCCUCCCCUCGAUGAAGCUCUGCGAUGCCCUCUGAUUUUGUCUCCCUCCUCAGCUCGGACCUCGACCUCAAUUCCCCCAAAUCUCUCUACUCUAAAGAGUCUGUAUAUGACCUCCUCCCAAAAGAGCUCCAGCUCCAGCAGUCGUCCACCCAGACCGACCCAACCACCAUGAGCCAGAAGAGCGGGGGAGAGGCGGGGCCUCCUCCGUCGGCAGCCUUGGCUUCAGAUGCCACGUCUUCCACCUCCAGCCCCUCUGCCUCCUCCUCCUCGGCCAUGGGAGCCCCUUGCUCUGGUAUAUCCGCUGGCCCGUCCUCCGACCAUCUCAAGGCCCCCCAGCAUCUUCACCCGGCUGGAGGGGAUGGAGUUGUAGCGUCAGAAGUCAAAGUCAUGGAGGGAGGAGCUGUAUCUGCUCCCAACAGGAGCAACAGCAGAGCAGGCACUGCGGUGGGAGAUCCUGGGUCAGGGAUCUUGCCAGGGCUAGGAGUUCAGCAGCCUCAGAACACCCCAUCAAAGCGCAGGCCCGUACUGAGCAUAUCCCCGCCUCCUGAGGACCUGUUUGAUGACAGUCAGAUGUCCUGCCUAGAGGAGCCCCCCGUAGCCAGCGCACCGGGUCCAGACUCCGAGCAUAGCAGUAGCAUGUGGGCCGAUGAAUCCGUUUCCAACUUCAGUUUGGUCAGCUCCUUCUCCUAUAACGACAACACGGAGGUACCGCGCAAGUCGAGAAAACGAACCCCUCGCCAACGGCCGGGCCCCAAGCCUGCUCCCCCAGAGGACAGCAUGGAUGUGUUUGAUGCUGACAGUGCCAAGGCACCUCACUUUGUCCUGUCCCAGCUUGGCCCCGACAAGACUAGUCCCGUGACCAGCUCUCGUGAGUCUGGGACGGCAGUGAAGGGUGGAUCGCUAUCUACUCAGUUCCCUCAGAGAAGCAACGGGAAGGAGCUAAAGAUGUUGGUGCAGCCCGAGACCCAGCACAGAGCUCGAUAUCUAACUGAGGGCAGCCGCGGUUCCGUCAAAGACCGCGCACAGCAGGGAUUUCCUACGAUCAAGUUGGAGGGUGUCAACGAGCCCGUUGUGCUGCAGGUGUUCGUAGCAAAUGAUGCAGGCAGAGUGAAGCCUCACGGUUUCUACCAGGCAUGCCGAGUGACCGGUCGCAACACCACGGCCUGUACGGAAGUGGAAAUUGAGGGCACCACCGUUAUCGAGAUCGCUCUGGAGCCCAGCAAUGACAUGACACUUGCGGUGGACUGUGUAGGAAUUCUGAAGCUUCGCAACGCCGAUGUAGAGGCACGUAUUGGUGUGGCGGGAUCCAAAAAGAAGAGCACCCGGGCUCGGCUGGCCUUUAGAGUCAACAUCCCCCAGACAGACGGAUCUGUCCUCACCUUACAAGUCCCUUCAUCGCCCAUUCUCUGCACCCAGCCAGCGGGAGUACCAGAGAUCCUGAAGAAGAGUCUCCACUGCUGCUCAGUAAGAGGAGGAGAGGAAGUCUUUAUAAUCGGAAAGAACUUCCUCAAAGGAACCAAAGUUAUUUUUCAGGAGAAUAUAGCAGAUGAUAAUUCGUGGCAAGCUGAGGCCAAUAUUGACAUGGACCUUUUCCAUCAGAACCAUUUGAUUGUGACAGUUCCUCCCUUCCACAACCAGUCAAUAACUUCCCCAGUUUCUGUGGGAAUUUUUGUGAUGACCAAUGCUGGUAAAUCACACGAAGCCCAACCUUUCACCUAUACUCCAGAAUCAGCUGAUAAUGCAGAUAUCCAUGCAGUAAAAACCGAGGAAGCUUCCUUCAAGACAUGUAUAUUUGAUCAGAUCCAAUCUGUGUCUUCUGACCAAACUGACUGCUCUGGUCAGUCUGUCAAAAGGCAAGAGGACACACCGAUGGAAGUGUCAAGCAAUCCGCAGCCCACAAAUGUGUUCAAGCAAUCCCCUAGCCCGAUUGUCUCAGUGCAGCAGACACUUGAGCUCAGCUCCAGCCCUCAUUCAGGUGGGGAGUCCUUUCAGAGCUCAAUGCCCCUGCAACCUGAGGAUGUGGAGCUACCCCAGGCCCCUCCUGUCUUUCCUAGCCUAGAGUCUCUCAACUCAAUACAAAAGCAAGACAUUUCCCCAACAGCGUCCUUCCCCAUGUCUGGAGAUCCAACAAUCCCCCCGGUGACACCAGAAGUCCCUCAGCAGUUCCUUAGAGACCCUCAGGAAAAUCUGCCCCCUGAAAGUUCGAACAACAGUAAUGCGGUCGUGGUUGUAGCCAUGCCCCAAAUAGCAGCACCCUCACAGCCCCAGCAGUCACAGGUUCCCUUGUUUGCCCAGGAAGGUGUAGCCCAGCUGGAGAGGGCAGUAAGGGAGCUCCAGGCGGGAGGUAACACAGCACUCCAGCAGGUUAUAGAGGCAGCUGUAGCCCAGCAGCAGCAGCAGCAGCAGCUAAAUUCUGUGCUUUACAGCCCAGCUUCCUCUGCAGACUCCCUUCAACAGCAUGUCCAGGAGAACAUGAACAGCCUUAGGUUGGGAGCCACAGAUAAUUCACUGUCACCACAGCAGCAGCUGCAGAUACAUCAACAGCAGCAGCAGCAACAGCAGCAGAUCCAACAAUUUCAACAACAGCAACAAAUGCAACAGCAGCAAAUCCUUGGUAACCUUCAACAGCAACAUCAUCAUCUCCAGCAGCAACAGCAGCAAGUCCUUGGAAACAUGCAGCUACAACAACAACUUAUACUACAGCCACAAGACCAACAGCAACUGCAGCAGCAACAAAUCCUAGAAAACAUUCAACAACAACAGUUGCAACAGAAUCAACAAGUCAUAAACAACAUCCAGCUUCAGGAUCAACAACAAAAUCAAAUGCUGAGCAAUUUGCAACAGCAUCAGCUACAACAGCAACAAAACCAAGCGUUAAGCAACCUACAGCAACAACAGUUGCAGGAACAGCAAGUUUUGGAGAACCUGCAACAGCAGCUUCAGGCGGAGUUGCUCCAGCCUCAGAUCCAUUCCAAUGCCCAAGUGCAGCAGCCGGUCUCCCUCCUUCAGCAACCUGGUGAGAUGCUUACCAUCCAAACCAGCUUCCCAACACAGCCCCCAUCCCAUACGUCCCCCCCACAGCAGCUUUUCCAGUCCCCCAGGCCUAUUGCUGAGACCCAGAGUUCCCAACAGCAGGUUGAUGCCGCCCUGCUCCAGAACACACUGACAGUCCUGACAAGCAGCGGCCUCAACCCAGAGCAACAGUCCGCCGGGUCGGCCCUGUACCUCUCGCCGAGCCCUCAGUCUCAACAGCAGCAGCAGUUGACGUUCAUCUCCAGCAUGGAGACGUCCGCCAGCCAGCCCCAGCUGUUUCAUAACCAGCCUCAAGCUCAGCUUUCGCAAAUGCAGCAGCAGAGCACCCCCAUGGAGCAACAGCAAUCACCGCACCAAAAUCAACAACAGUCACCGCAACUUUCCCUUGGCCAACAGAGCUCCUUGUUCCAAAGCAUACCCAACCACUCGCAGCCUAAUCCAGUCCCCCAGAAUCAGCUCUCCCAACAACAGCAGACAGGUCUGCUCCUCUGCACCGCAGAUCUGAAUCCCCAGACUAUCCUUUUCAGCACCCAGACCCAAGGCUCUUCCCCAAUGGGCAGCAUCACAGUGGGACUUUCCCAACCAGAAACAGCCGAGCCAAUGUCCUUCCAGGAUCAGAGCUCCUUGGGUAACAACUCGACAUCCACUCAGAACCAACAGCAGAGCAUUUUCCAGGAACAGCAGCCCAUGCAAGUGGGCACAAGUUCUUCGAGUGUCACUGACAGUCAACCUGUGGAGCUGUUCCUGCCCCAGGCGUCCCUGUCCAGCCUCCAGAGUACUCUCAGCUCACAGGAGCUAAGCAGUCAGACUGCAGCCCCUGGUACGACCAUCUUUGUGGUCCAGGGGGCUGUGGGAGUGGUGGACAGCCCUGGCCAGCAGCCCCCAGAGCAGCUUUUCCAGACAAAUGAUGGUGAAAAUGUGACCCAACGAGGACCGGCCAACCUGUUCGUGUUUGGCAUCCAGAAUGACACUCCGCGGCUGCUCAACUCUUCCGGCACAACCCUUCCGGUUCAGAACCAGGCCCAGAACCCGGGUCACAUGCAGCCCCUCAUGGAGCAGCCCAUGACCCAAGCGGCGUCCUCCAUGCACGGCAACCUACAGAGCAGCCUGCAGGCACAGAUACAGUCCAGCAUGGAGAGUGCCAUGCACACUAGCCUUCAGAAUGCCCUGCAGGCCAACAGCCAGGUGACCCUGCAGCCCACUUUACAGGCCACCAUUGACACAAGCCUCCCAACUCCCAUGCAGACCAACCUCCAGAUACAGAGCAGCUUACAGAAUACAUUGCAGGGCUCCAUAUCGGCAGCGUCCGACAUGGGCAAAAUCGAGGACCUACUUGAAAGUCUACAGAAGCAGUGACGUGCGUUUGUGUGGACCACAUGGAGAGAAGGUAGUCAUAUGCACCGAAAGUCGGCAAGACUUGCCGGUCGGUGCAUGGUGUUUUGUGCCAAUGCCCCAAAAUUUUAAAAUAAGUAUAUUUAAGAAGUAAAUAUCCCCUCCCCUUUCACCUUCAAAAAAAAAAAAAAAGACGAUCUUAUGUAACUCACUUUUAUUAACUAUUUAUCAUAAAUUAUAGCCUUUGUAUAUCCAUUGUCCUUGAAAUGAUGCUCUGCCUUUUGUUAUUACCCCUCUUGCAGGAUCAGAGAGGCCUGUAAUAACUGCUUUAGUAAAAAUGCAGUGUUUAGUUUUCAAGAGUGUUUUAAUAUUGCGGGCCUACAAGGGGGGGGGGGCAAACCCACCUGGUUUUUGGAUGGAAAAACUGGAAGGAAGAAUGUCACAACUGCGGAACUUCAUGAGCGGUGAGCAGGCAAAAGUUGCUAUAAGUUAGCCAUGGAUUAAAACAUCCGAUAGUAAACAAAAGUUGGGCGGAAUCUCAUUUUCGGUGUGUGAGAGUGUGGGGGUGGGGGUGGGGGUUGGAGAAGCUCUCAAUUUUGAGGUGAGGUGAUGCUUAAGGAGCGUCUCGUUUGCUUUUUCUAAUCACUCAAGUCUCCUCUAACAGGAAAUGCUCUUAUGUACAUUUGAAGGGAAGGCACUUUGAAGAUGGAUAUCCACAAAUUAUUGCAGUGAACGCCCGUUUAUUGUGGGGUAUAUGGUCCAGAGCCAUUCGCGAAAAUCCACAAUCUAGAGAAAAACCGUAUUGAAAAAUAAUAGAAUUUUUAAAACGCAUAACACACUUAUUAAAACACUCACUCUCACUCUUGCUUCAAGCUCUUUGUUUGCCACUCCCAGUUGAAGUUCACUGUAAAAGUGACACAUUUAACCAAAAUGUUCAACCAAACCAUAGAAUUUCAUUUAACGAGAAUCUGUUAGCUUAAUGCUAACAUUCAGCAGGGCAUGGACUGGCUAUAGGAAAUUAGAAUGGAUGUUAAGAUCAUUAUAAAGCUUCAAACAACUGCCAUUUUAAAACACUUGAAGCAGUAACACAUACAGAGCAUAGAAACACCAAAACCACAUCAUUUUGUCUUAACAAAUGUCCGCUGUCUUAAUGCUAACGUGAUACGAAGGUUGAAGGAAAUUUGCAUAGAUGUUACAAUAAUUAUAAACCGUCAAACAAGUGCUACAUUAAUGCACACAGAGCAGGAGCACGUACAAACAGAGCACACAAUAAUCCUCUGCUCUGUGGGAAUAACGACUAUUACGAUGUGGUACUACACGAAAGGCACUCAACUGUAAAUGCUGACUUCCCUGAAUACUGUUAAAACAUAACGUUUGCAGGAAUUGCGAUUUAGCGGGGUUCACUGUAAUAGUCCAGUGUUACGGAGCACAUUAGUUUUCAUGGUUCCAAGUUAAACACUCCUGAAUGAGAUAGAACCCGGUUGCAUACUGUGACUUUUCUCGAUGUUUCCAUGCGUGCAGGCCUCCAAACAACGAAUGAAGAUUGAACUUUUUUUGUUGUUGUCUUUUUGACUCGAUGUGGAUAUAAACUUUACACUCGUGA